UUUACACGUGUAGAACGCGUCUUCGCGCAACUCCGUGCGUUACAGAGCACGCACGCACCUCGUCAGCGUCAACAUAACUGCGCAAUCGUAUACGACCUUCCGCCGAACUUGGAACCACGCGCGUGUCUUGACAGCCGUGUAUUUGGCGGGAAGCGUGAUACUGUUCUCCUUUGGAAUUUACGUGGUAUCAGAGUCGAUUCAGUGGCUCCCCACCGUGUCAGCGGACAGCAUAUUGGUGCUUUCGGGCCGUGUGCAAUAACGUUUUCCGCAAAAUAUUCUUGUGUCGAACGAGAACCUUCAGUGAUAUGUUUAUGUGCUUCGUAUUACAUAGACAGGAUAAUUACAAACUCGAAGGAUCGAUAUACGUUCAGUUUUUAAUUUCAAGAAUAACGUGGUAACCUUCGCGGGAACACGUCGAAACACGCUCGUCGUCUCUUGGAGGCUCACGCGCAAGUGCGUGCGACGUUGCCGGCUUGUUCUUCCCGCGGGCUAUACCGACGAAUUUACGUGGAGGAGAGCGAAAAAAACUUGAGAUCAAGUUCAUACUCGAUCGUUGUUACCGAUUUCAAUCGCUUUGACUGUGAAUAUGUGCACCGAUCUCUAAGAAAAUAUGAGAUAGUUGUUGCUGUUUCCCUGCCUUGCCUCUCGCCCUCAUCGUGGUACGCAAUAGUGUGUUUACCGUGUUGCCAAACUUUCUAGUUUAUCACACACGCUUCGGCCCUUGGUGAUACGCUCUGUUCUAAAAUAUAACCUCCGAUUCGCGGAUGUGCGUUUCAGAAAAAUCCGCAUCAAAAAGUGUCGGGUGCAUCCGCGGGCGAGUCAACGAUCAGCGUAGUCGCGAGGCGACGCUGAGCACGGCCAUUAUUCGAAAUUCGGUGGGUCGCGCCACGACAACGUUGCCACGUCUUCGUGAGCCGCGAGUAUUUCAACGUUCUGUGAACGAUUCCUGGAAGAAGAAUCAUCUCCGUAAACGGGACGCGUGUAACGCGUCGAAAUCAAUGCGAAAAAGGUCGGUUUCCGACAUUGUGCUGUGCGCGUGUCGAAAUCGAUCGAGUGUGUAGACCGUGUGCCGAAUCGUGGUCCGAAAACAGACGCUGGAAAGGAGGAGGACGGACAGAGACGGAGGGUGGGAGUAAGAGAGAGAGAGAGAGAAAAAGUAGUGACUGCGUGAAGAGAAACGGAAGCUGUUUGUUCGUGAAAACGCUUGGAUAUUGGUAACUGCGACGGAGGACGGCGACGUUGCCGGUGUGAAAGACUAACGAAAUAUGAGCGCUCGAGUGUUGAAUCCGGUGAUGAUGACGGAAAUGAGCAGGAAUUUGGGUGGAGGACGAACGGUGCCGAGCAGAGCAGCCCUUGCCCGUGUUCGAAGGGACCUAUUCGGACCCGUCGAUCACGCCGCUGCUCGUGCAUUGGCGGAACGGGAGCUUCGCGCUCAGUCCAUACUCGAUGCCGAAAGAUGGGGAUUCGACUUUCACUUGGAGAUACCGAGAGCUAAUUCGAGGUACGAGUGGGAGCUCGUUACGCCGCAGGACGUGGUGCCUGAACCCUAUGCCCUACGAGGUAUGCCCUACUUAAGGAAACACGCGCCUAGUACGCCUCGAAAAGUACGGGACUCCUCGCCCACCACAAGAUUUCUCCGUAAGGAUCCUUCUUCACCGGUCACUCCCAAGAUUAUCCCGAAAUCGGAGAGGACGCCGCCACAGGAGCCCAGAGUGCCGCAGAUCGGCGACAUUACCGCCAACGAAUUGUUCGACUUCGACUCGGACAAGAAAAUGUACAUCGUCGAACCCACUACCCCCGUUUUAUCAACCCCCGCAUCGAGGAAACAGUCGUCCAUAACCGACUUUAUGAAGAGUCGUAAACGUAGCCUAAACGGUAGCGCGAAGAGCAUGAUAGAGCCGCCGGAGAAGAUGGCUCGCAACGCGGGUCAGAUACGCAGCUAAAAGCCUUCCAGCUUCCUCCUUCAGCCUCGCUGUCUUCUUCCAUCUGUUUGGAGCGCGAGUGGGAUCGGAAGCACGAAGCAUCACUGCCAGGAGGAACGGGAAAGGCAGAAGCUCUGGCAGGAGGCGCGAGGUCCGUUGGCUGUGCCAUUCACGUAGAUUUAUCCGCCAUGAAUGUAGGCGAAAACGGUGGGGUUUAAAAAAGGAACGAAGUAGUGCCGUUUUUUCAUUGCGUAUACUUUCGUAGCCAUGCCACGGAAAUUACAAAGUAGCAACAACCACCAUAAUUAAGG